AUGAGUCCUUUAAUUGUCAAUCAAGCCUUUCGUGCUUGUGUUCAUCUGAACGAGUUUCGACGUGGAAAAACUAUUCAUCAAGAAUUACCUGCAAGUUUACUUAACAAUCAAUAUAUUCGCACUAAUCUCAUUCGAUUAUAUAUGAACUGUAACGAUGUUGAUAAAGCACGAGAAAUUUUCUCUACGGCACCAAAGAAAUCAGUUGUCAUGUACAAUACAAUGAUCGAGGGCCUUGGAGAAAAUAAUCGAGAAAAAGAAGUUUUGAAACUAUUUGAAAAGAUGUCUGUGACACCAAAUGCUUACACUUAUAGUAUUUUAUUCAAGCUUUGCACUCAAUUACCCGAUCGUGACGUAUUUGAGUUUUGUAAAACGGGGUAUCUUUCACAUGGAAUGCCGCAAAAAGCAAUUGAUCUCUUUUUCCAACUUGACAAACCCGAUGAAAUAGCGACAGGAGCGUUUUUUAAUGCAUGUUCUCAAGUAAAAGACAAAAACACGUUGGCUUUAGCUGAAAAGGGCUUUUCCCGACUUCGUUCUCCAUCUGAUCGUCUUCUUCAAUCAGUUUUCAAUAUGUACUUCCAACAUGCUGAUAUUUCCAAAGCGAAAAUUCUUUUUGAAAAAGUUCAACGAAAUGUUAUCAAUUAUGCUUCAUUAAUGAAACUAUACAAUGAUCAAAGUCAACCAGAGAAGACUUUAAAAUUAUUUCAAAGAAUGAAAGCUGAACAUAUUGAAGGAGGUUCAGUUGUUUUCGUCUUAUUAAUCAAUGCUUGUGCAAAUAUCCGCUUUUCGUCUUUGUCUCGAUCGAUUGUGAAACAAAUUCCACAAUAUUUGCUUGAUGAUUACUGGUUGCAAAGAUCACUCAUAUACAUGUGGGAUAAAUCAGGUUCAGUGGAUGAAGCACAACGAGUUUUCAAUCGAAUUGCUCAACCAAGUAGCAUAGCUUUUUCAGCAAUGAUCAAUGCAUACGGUUUGCAUGGAAGAGGAAAAGAAGCAAUUGAAUUGUUUAGUCGAGUUCCAAUGGAAAUGAUAAAUGAUCAGAUUCAUGUUUGUGUAUUAAAUCCAUGUUCUCAUUCGGGCUUGAUUACAGAAGCUGAAGAGAUUUUCAAUAGAAUUCCUUAUGACAAACGAACAGAAAAAGUCUUUACUACUAUGACUCAUUCUCCUUGUUCACAUAUGUACAUGACGAUGUUAUCGAGUGCAAGAAAUCGGAAAGAUGCUGUCUUAGCUCAAAGACUAUUCGAUCGUAUUCGUUUAUUAUUUUCUGAUGACGAAAAGAUUCUUUCAUCAGCAACAGUUGUUUUAGCAAAUACCUAUGGAUUAAGCGAAGAUUUAGCACGAACAGCAGAUCUUCGAACAGAAAUGGCUGAAUCUGGGUUGAAGAAAGUGUCUGGACGAUCAUCGAUGGCGAACUUGUGCACUUUUAUGCGAAUGAUCGAUCAGUUAAAAAAUGAACUAAGUCAACAUGGUUAUCAAUCGGACGAAUCUUGGGUAUCAAGACCUUUGACUGAUGGUGAAACAAACGAGUCUGUUCUAUGGGCACACUCGGAGAGACUUGUCAUUGCUUUUCAAUUGAUUCAAACACCAAAACCGUCUUUCAUUGAAAUAGUACAAAAUCUUCGAAUAUGCCAAGGUUGCCAUACAGCAAUUAAACUAAUAGCUAAAAUUCAUCGAUGUUCCAUUGUUAUUCACGAUGCAAAUCGUAUUCAUCAUUUCGAUACGACAGGAAAGUCAACAAAUCCGAUGCUGGAUCCGACCAUCCGACAAAAUCCUAUAUUGAAUCCGAUGGGAUCCGAAACUCAAGUUUACCCAUCAAACAACACCACAGAUUCAACGGUGUUCACAAAAGAUGUUCGCGUCAAUAAAACAUUCGCCAACGGUGCAGAAAACGAUAUCUAUUUCCUGAUUCUUCUCUUGGCUACCGCUGUCUUUUCUGAUACAGUCUUGCACGCGAACGAUCGUCUAUGGACACUGCAACCAUGGAAAACCAUUGAAUAUGUGUUUGAUCUAGCUUAUACGCUGACAUGCAGUUUGGAUGUAAUGAUUACAUGGUCACGCCGCACAUACUGAACAGAAUUGAAUUCUUCAUUGAUUCACUACAAAGGCAAAUCAAGUAAAGAUCUCAAGUUUGAUAAUAUAUAUAAGUCAACAAUCAAAAUAUCAAACAUUCCCAGAUUAUUGUGGCUCGGUUGGUUCCAACCGGUUAAGUUCGCUUUCCGACGACUUCCUCGCCGCCGGAAGUUCAAACGAAGUUUCCAGUUACUUCCUGACCAUUUCCUGCAAACUUUGAGCUGGAAUCGAAUGGAAUUAUACCGAAACCAACUCAAAGGAGAAAUCUUAGACUCAUUGAACUGUCGUAGUACACGACAUCCACAAACGCCGAAAGCAACAGUAUCUUCCCCAGAAAAGAGAGAUGAAAAGGAAGACGAUGAUGAUGAAGAAGAAGGAGGUAGCAGUGGCGGUGGUGGUGCAGGUGCAGGUUUUACCGAUUUUCUCCAACUUUUACAAGCUAUGUCCGGUGGUGCUAUUCGUAUUCCAUCAAGCAAUGAUGAUGGAGAUGGUGUUUUAGGAACAAGUUCUCGAAAAAAACUAACAAACUUAACUCUACGACAGGAUGCGUCAUCACCGGAUGAUUGUGUUGCACUCAUCAAUACAAUCAUUAAUGAGAAGGUAAUAUUCAUCGUCACGGAUGCGCUCGGAGAUCCUGUUGUGUCACGUAUCCAAGAUCUUCAGCAAAUAUUUGCUAUCUAUGUUUUGUGUCAAACAGAAGAACAAGCAGACAAUUGGUCAACGAAUCAACCGAAAAUUCGUGGAAUUUACACGGAUAUCAAUGAAAUUCUUGUCAAAGUGAAACACGAUAUCGAAACUGAUGAAAAUAAUUCGUUAACAUUUACACACGCAUUACCAACAACUAAUGUCAAACAAGAACCAUUCUUUGUCAUCAAUCAAAUCAUUAAAGAAAUCAUUCUCGAUUCCGACGAAAUGACUGAAGCAAAAAACGAACUUCUUCAUUUCUGCCGAACAGAAUAUAAAGAUAAUCCUGAACAAUUAGCUUUCAUCGAACAAUUCGAGGCGAAUUAUCAAAAAGAAGAUGUUCUAGAAUUGUUUCAAAAACAACAAUUUCUAUACAAAAUGUUAAACAAAGGCUUUCGCAUACCUGAAGUUGAUAUUCUAUUCAAACUACGUUUGUUCAUUCAAGAUCUUCAUCAAUUUAUUAUUGCAUCAUCGAACAACUCAUCGUUGAAAACAAUCUAUCGCUCUCAGUUGGUGACCACUGACGAACUCGAAACAUUGAAAAAGUGCACCGAAGGUGGAUACAUCGCAUUUUCACAUUUCUUUUAUGCGUCAAGUCAGCCUCCUUCUCAGAACCAAUUCACUUCGUCAGAAGAUCACGAAGAGAUUCUUUUUGAGAUCGAUGUUUCCAAUAGCAAUAGUUAUAUGCUCGUCGACGAACAAGUUUUAGUUACAUUUGGUUUAGUCACACGAGUCGCAAAUAUUGACAAAGAUAAGAACGGAAAGACAAUUGUACACUUGACAACCAUUACUGCAGAUGAUCGACAAUAUGACAAGAUUAUUGAACCAAUGAGAAAGGAAACACGUGCGCCGCAUCCAUCACUUCGAAUUGUAAAAUUGUUUGUUGAACUCGGACAGUAUUCCUAUGCAGUUCACCUCGGUCAAGUUUUAUUAGCGGACUCUCCGACGGCGAAAAAAGAUCCUCUCUUGGCAUUAGCACGUACUUAUCAUUCAUUGGGAACUGCAUUGUACGAAAAAGAAGAAUUCGAUGAAGCACUCGAUAUAAUCAAGAAAUCGCAUGAGAUUUACUUACGAUUUCUUCCUGAAGAUGCGCCGCAGUUAUCACCAACAUGGAACAAUAUGGGUUCGAUCUAUUUACGACAGGGAAAUACUGAACUAGCAUUGGAAUAUCAUCAACGUGCCUUGAAUAUUCAGUUGAAAUCACCUAGUCCAGAUCUUCCAUCGAUCAUCUCCUAUUCAAAUAAUAUUGGCGGAGUUUACUUAAAACUAGAACGGUAUGAUGAAGCACUUGUUCACUUUAAACGUGCCUUACAAAUUGAAAUACAAACCCUACCCAAAAAUCAUCCGGAACUAGCAGGAACUUAUCAUCGCAUUGGCGGUGUUUACUUUCGACAGAAUAAUUACGAACAGGCGCUGGAAUAUUAUGACAAAACCCUCGAAAUUGAACUGGCUGCUUUACCCGAUCAUCAUCCCACAGUUGCUGUCACGUAUCAUAAUCGUGGCACAGCUUUAGAAGGUCUAGGCAGACUCGCGGAGGCUGUCGAAAGUGCUGAGAAAGCUGUAGAACGCUUAUUGAAGACUCUUCCGAAAGACCACACACAAGUACGAAUGAAUCAAGCGUAUGUCGAUCGAUUAAAACAAAAGCUAUGGGUUAAACAAUUGUUCACUACUUAA